UAUGCCAGUGAUCACAAACCCUUAAUUUCCUAGUUGAAAUAAAUUAUCCUGAGCUGGAAUGCUUCCCUCUUUCUAUUUAACUUGGUCUUACUUUGUCCCUCACCUCACCAUCCUAAAAUCAUGCAUUCCCUUCUGCUUCGGUCUUUGUUUCCUUUCCUUUUGGUCACUUCCUUUAUCUCAAUCAACUUUGAGUUAUGUUUGUGUCAACCCUACUCAAUCUGCAGCAAAGCUAUUAGCUGUGGCGGAAUCAGAGACAUCUCGUACCCCUUUUGGGGUGUAAACAGACCCAAGUACUGUGGCCAACCUGGGUUCGAGCUCCGAUGCCUAGAUGAUGUCCCGGUGAUCAACAUGUCGAAUAUCAACUACAGAAUUCUCGAAAUGAACUCAAGUAGUCCUCGGACUAUUAAAGUUGCUAGGCAGGACUAUUGGAAUACUCUCUGUCCUUCGAGUUUUGCUAACACCAGGAUCAACUUCUCUCUGUUUAAUUAUAGUUCCGGUCUUACGAACGUGACAUUUUACUACGGGUGCGAGGUGGAUGUUCCGAGAGUUAAUUAUAGUUCCGAUAUAUGCAAUGUAAACAACGGAUCUGAUCAAGUUGACACCCGCCUCUGUAAAGUCAAUGUCACUGUUCCAAUUUUUAGUACAGCUGCUUUCGAAAGCAAUCCAACGACUCUCCAGGACGCGAUAGACGGUGGUUUUAAAUUGGAAAUUAAGAUUGAUAAUGAUCAAUGCAAUAGUUGUGAGCGAUCAGGAGGUCGCUGUGGGCUUAACACGACGACUGGUGGAUUCACUUGCUAUUGCAAAAAUCAGGCGUCUGCAACCACAUGCAAUUCAACUUCAACUGAACCAUCAGGUUCAUUGUCGCCUAGUUGGAAAAUUGGUAUUUCUGCUGGUGUUUCGGGGACUAUAGUAGCAGUUAUUUGCACAGUAUGCAUAUCGAGGAAAAAAAAAUUAAUGUGCUUCUCAAAGAAGGAUAAAACGGAUGAUUUUGAUGUCGGGGCUUUUAUAAGGAAUUAUGGAUCACUUACUCCAAAGCGGUAUAGUUAUUCAGACGUGAAAAAAAUGACAAUCUCCUUCAGAGAUAAAAUAGGUAAAGGAGGAUAUGGCACUGUCUACAGAGGAAAACUACCCGACGGCUGUCUUGUUGCAGUGAAAGUCCUCAGCGAUUCCAAAGGAAAUGGAGAAGAAUUUAUCAAUGAGGUUGCUAGCAUUGGUAGAACUUCCCAUGUCAAUGUAGUCACGCUUUUCGGAUUCUGUUACGAGAGGGACAAAAGAGCUCUGAUUUACGAAUUUAUGCCUAACGGAUCUCUUGAUAAUUUCAUACAUAAGCAAGGAUCCGAUAUUGACAAUUGUCGCUUGGGGUGGAAGACAUUAUCCGAAAUAGCAGUCGGUGUUGCGCGAGGACUAGAGUACUUGCACCGCGGUUGCAACACGAGAAUUUUGCAUUUCGACAUAAAGCCGCAAAACAUUCUUUUGGACAAAGACUUUUGCCCGAAAAUCGCUGAUUUCGGUCUUGCAAAAUUAUGCAAAGCGAAGGAGAGCAUUGUGUCGAUGUUGGGCACAAGAGGAACUGCAGGAUACAUCGCACCUGAAGUAUUUAGUCGGAGCUUUGGGGGAGUGUCUCACAAGUCUGAUGUGUACAGCUACGGAAUGCUGGUUCUCGAAAUGGUUGGAGCAAGAAAGAAUUUGGAUUCCGGAGUGUCUCAUACGAGUGAAAUGUUUCCGCAUUACAUUUAUAAAGAUCUAGAGCUAGAGAACAAUGCGAAUGUUUUUGGGGCUAGCAGUGAGGAGGAAAAUGAAAUAGCAAGAAAGAUGGUGUUAAUAAGCAUGUGGUGCAUUCAGACCAUUCCUUCCGAUCGGCCAUCGAUGAGCAAAGUGGUGGAGAUGUUGGAAGGACCCAUUCAGUCCUUGCAAAUUGCACCCAAGCCUUCCUUGUUUUCUCAUACAACAGCUGCAGAAAACUCUAUGAGUACAAACCAACAGUCUGAUGAAACAAGCUAGGGCAACUAGAUUUGUUAGCAGAUCUUUGGUAAUUAGGAAUUCCUGAUGAAUUGUAAGAAAAGUUAGCUUUGUGAAAUAAAAUUUUUUUGCAUG